AUGUUAAUGCCUAAUGUUAAUUUUACGGCCAUAUUUAAAGCAGUUGCGUUUAGAUCGUCGGGGCAAAUGGUACAUUCUUUGCCGCCAAAUACUGAUUGGAAUACUUUGCGUAAUGAUAUAAAAGAUCCAGUUGCCCAAAAUGAGAGGAUUUUGAAGCUUUUUUUACAAUUGGCAGUGCAAGCAGCCAAUCGUUUAACGCAUUUGAGAGAGGAAACUGACAAAAAAUAUGAUUGUAAUAGACGCAACGACAAUCCACUAAUUACAACAACAGAAGCUCUCACAACUCAAUCGAAUAUAGAAUGGCUUGACAAGAGUAAAAAAAUACUGAAUUAUUCGUCUUCCGAUAAUUUUGAAAUAAAUGCAGAUCAAAAUCAAACAACUUUCUACCAGCAAUUACAAGAGUUGUUUAAUCCUAGUAAUCUUUCAAAUAUCGACGAUCAAAAUAUUGUACGCAAUCUAAAUUCACAGAUGAGCAAUUUAAUUCCAAAUUCUGCACAAGAUGUCCAAAACAUUUUAUCUAAUAUUACCAGGCAUGAUCAUGAAGCACUUAAUUCGGACAAUUUGCAAAAAUCGAUUCUCGAUUUAGAUACAGCAAGCAACUCGCUCAAUGCAAAUAAGUUUAGAGCGAAUUUUCGGAAAUUAGCGGAAAAUAAUGUCAACGAAAAAUUACUUGGUCAAAUCGAUUCAGUAAAAAACAUUUUGAAUAUAUCGGCCAUAAAUGACUUAACUAAAACUGUAAAUAAGUUUUUUCCGAAAUUGCAAAAUAUGCAGGAGUCAACGUCCGGUGUAAGUCAACGAUUAUUCGGCGCAGAUUUAGCACAAGUUGUUCCGAAAAUUAUUAGUAAUAUACGCGAAAACGUGAAUCAAUAUAUUCCUCUACAAAAUACACAACAUACACGAGAGCCGUCGGAUAAGAUCGACGAUAUAAGCCAGAGAUUUUUCGAUCCAAUUAUAAUUAAAAAUUCCGAAAGUAUUCUUUAUCCGCAAACUGCAAAUAAUUUGUCUGUGGCGAACCAGAUUUUAUCAGACACGAAAAACAUCGUGGAAUCGGUGAUUAAAGUUUUGCCAGAGGCUGCAAAAGGCGCGAGUAACUUACUAAAUCAAGUUAUUCUGCAAACCCGGGAUACUGCUAACAAGUCGUUAAAAGUUCAACAGGAGCAAAAUAAAACCGCUGAACAAACAGGAAACCAAUUUAAAGAUCCGUUGCAUAAUCGAGAAGACUUAUCAAGCAAUACGGAAAGUAAUAUUCAUGAAGCAGCUAAUGCAUCUGGACGGAAUAAUCAAGAAACAACAGCUAACAGUUUGCCGAUAAACGAUGAUAAUUCAACAGCCGAGAGCAAUAAUAAGCAACAUUCACCCACAUUAUUAAAAGAUUCUUCUAUUCCACUCCUCAGAUUGCUCACAGAUUUUAAUAAAUACGAGAACAACAAUAGCAAGACUGAAACCAAUCUUUCUUCCAUUCAGACAAAUGACAACGCCAGUAGUUUUAUCGAUGAGAAACAGUCAAUGAAAGAUCAUGAGAAAAAGGAUCAACUUCUAGAUCAGAUUGAUGAAGAAAUAAAAGCCGAAGGAUUUCAGAAGAUGAACGAGACAAGAACGGAUUACAGUGACGAGCAAUUAAAUCCGGUUUCGGAAAACUUGUCUCAAAAAAGUAAGAAAAGUGAAUUGACAGACGUUGCGACGUCAAUAUCCCCUAAUCAAUUAGAAUCCAACAGAUUCACAUUAGUCACAAUUAUGGAACAAGCCGAGAGUUCGAGCGGCGCACAAGAUUCUGAAAAUGUGAACAACGUUAUAAAAUCUGAUCUGGAAAAAGUAAGGAAACUUCAAGAUAAUCCCACUGCUAAUGACGGGGUAAAUCGAUCGAUUGAAAAUCAAAUGACUUACGUCGAUAAUCUGCUAGAAUCUAACAGUUCUCUUAUCGAUGAUUUGAAAGACGGAAAAUUGAACGAGCAGCUACCUGAGGCACAAUUGCAGGAAAUCAGCGAUCAACUGAUUAACGUGCUCUGGCCGAUUAUAGAGAAGAGAAUGAGCAAUAAUCGAAGUUACGUGACAGAUCAUUACAAUAAACAAUGGAACAAGAAUUUGCCAUUGAACGUAUCUGAUUCUAGGCAAACCAUCUAUGGACAAGAGUCAAAUCACGUA